AUGAACCUCCUUUCGCUGCCGCCAGAGACAAUUGGGCAAAUAUGUGAUUAUAUUGCAGCUGAUGACCUACCUAGUGUUUACGAACUGGCACUAGCAAGCAAACAAAGCUACGCCAUUGCUGGUAGACAUCGAUUUCCUCAAGUUUAUCUGAGCAUUGCAAGCCGUGAGAAAUUGGCCAGAGACGUCAAAAGAUGGAGUAGAAUCCUACAACGAAUGUCUACCUUUACGUCUGUUCGUCAUUUGGUUGUCCGAGGUAAAAUGCCGCCGACCGAAGAUGAUCGUGGACAAACGAGGACGCUGGAAGAGGAUACCAACCACGGUUGUCACGAGGAUGAAUUGACUUGUCUCAGCAAUUACUAUGCAGAAAGUAUCAACGGAGUUUUCAACCAUGUCCCUGAACCUCAACAUGACAGCUGGGGUCCGCUUCGCACUCUGGUAAGCCAACUAUCUGGUCUCUGUGAUAUCACCUGGAGCUGUGAGACAUUGUUCCCGCCCUGUCUAUUGGAGAUCCUCCAUCAGUCGAUGCCAAAAUGCCGACUACAUAUUAUGGCAUUCAGACUACUAAGUUUGUGCUACAAAGCCGAUAACCCCCAAAAUAUCGACGCAUACGAAUAUGAAUUAGCUACAUCGCCCUCUAUUUCAAGUAUUCUGGUCCCUCUAAACCAUCAAAAUGAUGGCGGAAAUUUGGACUACAACGGCGAAGCUGCAAUUGAGCUAGCAAAUGGAUUAGCCCCUAAUUUGACCAACUUACACCUGGUUUUCGAGCCAUCAAGUGCACACUGGCUGGAUCAGACCCCACCAGACCGGCCUCCAUGGCGAGGAUUCUUCUUAAACCGCCCUUCUUGCAAAGACGACUCGUUCAAUGGACACCUACGAGACCUAAGUCUCUGCCUACCUCUGGAUGAUACUAGACAAAAGGCCUUCUCCGAGCUCCGGACCUUACGUCUGUGGGGAACAUCACUAAAGGCCCUUUCGUUAAACCUUCUUAAAAAGCUCACUAGCUACAGCUUCCCUGUAUUGGAAUCGAUGGCCCUUGAUUUCGGGCACACAAGAGACGAGAAUUCUAUCCGACUUCUUGACGAGGCAGGAGGUGAUUUCAUAUCCUCUCUUCCGCCGCUGAAGAGUGUACGCCUCUCGGGCACUAUCCGAACAAAAGUGUUCCAAGCAACCCUAGAGCAUCACAGUAAAUCCUUACGCAAGCUGUCACUGAUAUCGGAAAAACGGGUUAAGGAUGAAAACUCUGUGACGACAGACUGGCUCGUGCAGACUCGAGCUGCUUGUCCCAAUAUACAGGAACUGCAUUUCACGAUGUUCAUGACAAACGGAGACGAUGAGAAAGAGAUCUACAAAGCAAUCAGAGGUUUCUCUUGUCUGACAACCCUUAAGUUACUUAUCAUUUGUAUCGGACGACCAGAAGAGCGAACAUCUGAUGACCCAAAUGAACAUCCACGUUUUUUUGGAAACAUUGAGGUCAAUGAAAGUCUAGCAGAGACUUUGUUCCUGGUCACUCUCGCGAGGCAAUCGUCUUCCUUGCAACGCCUUGAUGUGGAAUUCCACGCCAUGUACAACUCGAGUCCGGGUUGCUACCAGUCUGUGCAUCGCCGGUGGAGGUGCAUCCGAAUGAAAGACGGAGUCAUCGUGCGUCCGAUUGGGCAUAUCGAUCAACAUAAAAGGAAAUUGUUUUAG